AUGCAUAAUAAAAAUCUACCUAUAUUUGAACCUUUUCCUGUUAAUUCGAUAUCACCUAACUAAUUGUGUAAUAAUGCAUCAACUGAUAUAAUGAGCGUUUUUCAAUCUAACUAAAAAAAAUUAAUUGCUUUAAAUUUAAAAUCAUGUGGAUUUGGAAUUUAUGAUAUAACUUCACUUGAAAAUGAUAUAUUUCUUCUGAAGCAUUUUGAAUACUAACCAGAGAAGUAGAAUGUUUAAUAUUUAGGCACAACUGAUUAUCAAAAAUAUCUAUGGGUUGCAUAUGAAACAGGACUGUUAGAAAUUUAUGAUAUCUCUGAUUAACAGUUUCCUUUAAAAGUAAAUAUUCAGAUUACAUAUUAAGGAUAAUUAGAUGUAGUGCAUAAAGUAACUUAAUUUGAUGGGUUUAGCUUCAUAUUUUUAAGCUGCUUGAACAAUUUCAAAACAGCAGUUUGGCUUAAUGAUAAGAUUAUAAUAACAAGUGAAAUUCAUUUAAAUGAUUUAAACAUUUCUAAAAUAAUAUUGUAACCAUAAUAAAAUAUGUUAUUUAUUUAAGGAUAAAGCUCAAUUCAUUUUUUCAAAUAAACAAUUAAUGAAAUACAGCAAGGAAUAUUUCAUUACUUAUGCUCUUAUUAACCUUACCCAAAUAAUAUAUUAAGCUCGUUUGAAGUGAUGAAAUAAUUUAUUCUAAUCAUACAAAUCUAAUUCCAAGAAUACUUAAUGGUAGAUAUUUAGAAUUAUAUUGAAAGUUAUGAUGGAACAAAACCAAAUUUAAAUCUUGAUAUCCCUAAUCUACUCAUGAAUCAAUUCUAUUUAAAUAGGAACGGAGUAAUAAGUCUUUAAUCUUAUUUUGAGAAUAAAUUAAUUUGCUAUUUAGAAAGAAUACCUGGCACAACAAUAUUCUACUUAUUAUAGAAAUAACAAGGAAUAUAAAUUUUAGAUUUAAAAAAUGUUUCAAAUCCUUAAAUAUUAAAUCCUAGCUUAACUCUAGGUUAUUCAUCUGUCUAAUUUAAAUAUAUAGCAUUCAAUAGCUUAGCAACUUUUGGAUUUAUUUCAAAUUUAUCGAAUUUAAUAAUCAUUAAUAUUUUAAAUAGAGAAAACCCUUCUGUUCUUUCAAUUAUAAAUACUUCAUUUUACUUAAAUGGAGAUUCUAGCUUGGAGCAGUUUACAUUAUCUAAUGACGAAAGUCUUUUAUUUUUGUUUCCUAAAUAGUAUGGUAUUUUGAUUGCUAGCAUUUCUGAUAUCUUAAAUCCUUCUAUUGUUUUUAAGUUAGCUCAAAAGAAUAUUAAUGCUUUAGUCUAAACAUUAGACAAUUAUUUAAUAUGCAGCAUCGAAUUUUAAGGAAUCUUGGUUUAUUUUUUGAAUUCUAAUUUUUAAUUAACCUUUAUUUCUGACAUUCUAAUCCAAGGAGUCAUAAAUACUGCUUAGCUUAUUUAUAGUGAUAACUAUUUAUUAGUAGCAACUGCUGAAAGAAAUUAAAUAUACUUAAUUAAUUUAAAAAAUAAGACAAAUCCAUCUAUAAUUUAAAAUAUAGAAUUGUUAGAUAAUGACAUAGCUUGUUCCAUAGCUACUUAUUCUGAUGAAUAAUUUGCUUUUGUAUCCACAUAUUCAAACAUUUAUUAAUUAUUUCUUUAGAGUCCUUUUAUUUUCCAUCAGCAAAUAUACAAAAUAAUUUAAAUUCCAAACUCUAAUUAAUAUAAAAGAAUAAAUACUUUUGAUAAUUAACCUCUUCAGGUUGGAGAUUAGGUAGAUAUCUAUCUAAUUAAUAUCAAUAAUAAAAAUGAGCUAAAAAUAAGCUAAGCAUUUUACUACUAAAAUUUUAUAGCAAAAAAGUUACCUGAUUGGAUGAAAUUUUAAUUUUCUAACCAAGUCCUUUCAAUGAAAAUAUCUAAAGAUUCUCUUUUUAAAGACGCAAGUGGAAGUUACUCUCUUAAUUCAUUAUAAUAAGUAAUAUUUUUAGGCUAUCAAUAAUUACAAGAUGAUGCUUUCAUAAAUUAAAAUCUAUCUAUUGAUUAUAAUGAUUCACUAUUUUUAAAAUAAAUUUGCACAAAGUUAGGUUACUUAGAUAAAUAUGGUUUUGUUUCACCUUCUUAUUCACCUAAAAAUAUGUUUACACUAAGAGAGUAUUAAUAUACUAGAUAUUUUUCAAAAUGGAGUUAGACACAAAUUAAAUUAUAGUAACUACUCAAUUUUGUUUAAUUCACUUUAAAUUAAAAUAUAGUAAAUUAUGUUGUUUAAUUUGAAACUUAACCCUCGCUUAUUGUUGAUUUUGAUAAUCCCUAAAAUCCUAUUUAGUCAAAUUAAAAUCUAAUAACAUUAACACUUCAAACAUCAAUCGGCCAGUUUGUUUCCAAAAAUUACUCAGGAGUUAUAGAGAUCAUUAACUCACAAGGAGAUACAAUAAAACUUCAAGGUUCUGUUUUGAGCUUAAAUUAAGCACUUAAAUAAAAAAUAAAAUUAUUCCUAUAGGAUAUACAAUUAUUAAAUCAAGCUUAUAUAACUGUAACGAUUGAUGAUUCUAUAAAUUAUGAAUACUUUAAAAUUUUUCCUUUGAAUUAAGUUAAUUUUAUUUCUCUUGAAGCUCCUAUUUCUUUAUAUAGAAAUAUUUAAGAUGAUUUAAAUCAGUAUUAUGAUAAUGGAGAAAUAUAUGUUCUUACCCCUUUUAACUAUUAAAUAAAUGAUAGAGUCUUCAAAUAUGACAAAGAAUAAAAUAUAAUUUUUACUGCUUAAAUUUAAAAAGCUGAUGGAUAAUUUGAAGAUAUUCCAGCUAACUUUUGGCUUUAAUUUUCUACUAGAGAUCUUUCCUUUAAAGGCACACCAUCUACUUAAAUAUUCAAUACAGAGUAUGUGAUUUUAGUAUAGGCAACAGAUGGAUAUUCAAUUAUAUAAGUUAAGUUUAAAAUUAAAAUAAUUAAAGUCCCUUUUUUUUUAGUAAUAUAAAUAAUCCUUUAAAUUAUAGGACCAAUUAUCGGAUUAAAAAGCAUUUGGAAGCGUAGAAUGAAAAUUUUUAAUAUUUUUUUUGCAAAAUAAACGAAGUACACUUAAGAGUUAGCUUAUGUUUCAGAAUACUAUGAAAAAACCUUUAUGAUCACAGACAAUUUACUUUAUUUAAGUUAAAAGCUAUGGAAAAAUGUGAAUAUUUAAAAUUAUAAACAGCAAAUAAUAGAGUAAAUAAAUGGUGUUUUCUAAAAUGUUUAUUUUAGAAAUUAGAUUUUAUAAAAUUAUGAAUUUAUAUUUUAGCUUGAUGUGAACAAUAAGCCAUUAUCUGAAGAAAUUUCUAACUAGAUUAAUCCAAUUAUGAUAAAUAAAAAUCAAGAAGAGAUAGAAUCAUAAAACAACUAAUUAAAUAGUGUACUUUUAACUUAAAAUUAUACAAUUGAUUAAAAAUAAAUGAGGGAUAGUAGUUAAAUUUUACCCACUUAGUAAUCUAUUCUAGUUAACAAUGAUACAAAUAUUUAAAUUAAUAAAAUAAAUUAUAAUAUUACAGAGUAACCUAAAAAAGAUUAGGAAAAAAAGAAAUAAGAUAAAUUACAAUUCAAAAAUAUUUUGAAAUUAAAAAAUUUAAUUGACUUAGAAAAAAAUUUAUCUUAUUCUAAUACUUAAAAUAAAAAUUUAAACAAAAAGGAUAUAAAAAUUUUAAAAGAAAAUGGACUAAUUGAUAUUAAUGGAGUAAUAGGACUAAUAAUUUAAUCUGAGCUUAAACUCCCUAUGAAGAAAAGAGUAUUAACAAAAUAAUUAAUGGAAAAACUGCUUACAGGAUAAUCUCUCUUUUAACGUAUGGUGUAAGGGUUAUUGAUUGAAUUUUUGAUAGAAUGCAUUCCUGUAUGUUAAUAAAUUCUUCUUUUACUUAAAAUGGAAUCUACUAAAUUUUAUAGUGAAAAAGAUUGGUAUAAAGCAUAUAUUAUUUUUGGAUAAUAUUAAUAGAAUUAAGACUAAUUUCCAACAUGUAAACUAAAUGAAGAAUCCAUUAAAUUAGCUUUUCAACAAUUUGCAUCAGAAAUGGAAACAUAUUAAAAAAAUUUAAUUGAUAAAUAAUCAAUAAAUUAAACAUCACAAAAUAUUUUAACUACAGUUAAUUCAUUUAACUUAAUUUAGUAUUUGGAGUGUUUAGUAUCAUAUAUGCCAUUAAUAGAACAAUAUUUAUAUACUUAAUUAUUAGGUGUUUCAAUCAAAAAAUAAAAAAUUUAUGAAAUAUCUAAGGGUGAGUGUUUCCAUUGCAAUUCUUUUAAGAUUCGUUCUAUCAAAAGUUAUGAAACAAGAAAAGGGUGCUCAUGCUGUACUCAUGCUGAAAAAUUUCUAAAUCUCAACGAUGUAGAAAAAGGACUUUCUGAUUAUUAAAAGUUACCUGAAUGGAUUAAAAUCGAUUUUUAAAAAUAAUCCAUGAAAAUAAAAGGUAUCCCAAAAGAGGAAAAUAUAGGUUAACAGAGAAUAAAGAUAUAUGAUUACAAUGGAUAUCUUUUAAGAUAAUUUGAUAUUUAAGUACUACCAGAAAGGAAAGAAAAAUAAAACUAAUUAGAGGAAAUAAAAACAGAAAAUUAAUAGAACUCAAAAAUAUUGAGUCCUCUAAGAAAAAAAAGAUUUAAUAACAAAGGAUUCCUACUAUCUCAAUCUUUAUUUAAAAAUAAUUUAUUUAAAAAGUAAAAAUCUUUAAGAGAAACUAUAUAAUUUGAUGAUAAUAUUCCAAACAAAAUUUAAUCCUAAGAAUUUAAAUCUAAUUCUAGAAAUAAUUAAAAUAUUACAUCAAUUAAAUGUUUUACUUUAUAAUAAUGA